GGUCUCCCUCUGUUGCCCAGGCUGGAGUGCAGUGGCAUGAUCUUGGCUCACUGCAACCUCCAUCCACCUCCCAAAUUCAAGCAAUUCUCCCACCUCAGCCUCCUGAGUAGCUAGGAUUACAGGUGUGUGCCACCACAGCCCAGCUAAUUUUUGUGUUUUUAGUAGGGACAGGGUUUCACCAUAUUGGUCAGGCUGGUCUCUCAAACUCCUGUCAUAUGUUUUUAAAAGGUUCUUACAAGCUCCAUGAGACUACCGGUCAGAACAAAAUUGUCCUUAUUGAAAUAUGGUUCGUUUUAGUGAUACGAUGUUCCAAGUAAGAUCUUAUGGUUAAGACCUCUAUCUAGGUAUAUUUUCCUGGUGGACCGAGGAGAGAACAAAUAAAAAUUUCACUUUUUGUGGGAAUGAGGGCAAGAACUAGAUACCUUUUAAUUUAGUAUUUAGCCAGGUGUGAUGGCACAUGCCUGAAGUCCCAGCUAUUCAGGUGGCUGAGGAGGGAGGAUCGCUUAACUCAGGAGUUUCAGGCUGUAGUGUGCUAUGCCAUUCGGGUGUCCACUUUAAGUUUGGCAUCAAUAUGGUGAUCUCCCAGGAGUGGAAGACCACCAGGCUGCCUAAGAAGGAAUGAACUGGUCCAGGUCAAAACUCCUAUGCUGAUCGUAGUGGGAUUGCGCCUAUGAAUAGCCACUGCCCUCCAGCCUAGGUUGCUCUGGUUGCUAAGAAGACUAUGAACAAGUCAGAGAACCUGCUGUUUGCUGGUUCAUCAUUAGCAUCACAAGUCCAUGCUGCUGCCGUUAAUGGAGAUAAGGGUGCUCUACAGAGGCUCAUCGUAGGAAACUCUGCUCUUAAAGACAAAGAAGAUCAAUUUGGGAGAACACCACUUAUGUAUUGCGUGUUGGCUGACAGAUUGGAUUGUGCAGAUGCUCUUCUGAAGGCAGGAGCAGAUGUGAAUAAAACUGACCAUAGCCAGAGAACAGCCCUCCAUCUUGCAGCCCAGAAGGGAAAUUAUCGUUUCAUGAAACUCUUACUUACACGCAGAGCAAACUGGAUGCAAAAGGAUCUGGAAGAGAUGACUCCUUUGCACUUGACCACCCGGCACAGGAGCCCUAAGUGUUUGGCACUUCUGCUGAAGUUUAUGGCACCAGGAGAAGUGGAUACACAGGAUAAAAACAAGCAAACAGCUCUGCAUUGGAGUGCCUACUACAAUAACCCUGAGCAUGUGAAGCUGCUCAUCAAGCAUGAUUCUAACAUUGGGAUUCCUGAUGUUGAAGGCAAGAUCCCGCUUCACUGGGCAGCCAACCAUAAAGAUCCAAGUGCUGUUCACACAGUGAGAUGCAUUCUGGAUGCUGCUCCAACAGAGUCUUUACUGAACUGGCAAGACUACGAGGGUCGAACUCCUCUUCACUUUGCAGUUGCUGAUGGGAAUGUGACCGUGGUUGAUGUCUUGACCUCAUAUGAAAGCUGCAAUAUAACGUCUUAUGAUAACUUAUUUCGAACCCCACUGCACUGGGCAGCUUUAUUAGGCCAUGCACAGAUUGUCCAUCUUCUUUUAGAAAGAAAUAAGUCUGGAACUAUCCCAUCUGACAGCCAAGGAGCCACACCUUUGCACUAUGCUGCUCAGAGUAACUUUGCUGAAACGGUUAAAGUGUUUUUAAAACAUCCUUCAGUGAAAGAUGAUUCAGACCUGGAAGGAAGAACAUCCUUUAUGUGGGCAGCUGGCAAAGGCAGUGAUGAUGUCCUUAGAACUAUGCUGAGCUUAAAAUCGGACAUAGAUAUUAACAUGGCUGACAAAUAUGGAGGUACAGCUUUGCAUGCUGCUGCUCUUUCUGGCCAUGUCAGCACCGUGAAGUUAUUACUGGAAAAUAAUGCUCAAGUAGAUGCUACUGAUGUUAUGAAACAUACUCCACUUUUCCGAGCCUGUGAGAUGGGACACAAAGAUGUGAUUCAGACACUCAUUAAAGGUGGAGCAAGGGUAGAUCUAGUUGACCAAGAUGGACAUUCUCUUCUACAUUGGGCAGCACUGGGAGGAAAUGCUGAUGUUUGCCAGAUAUUAAUAGAAAAUAAGAUCAAUCCAAAUGUCCAGGAUUAUGCAGGAAGAACCCCUUUGCAGUGUGCAGCAUAUGGAGGCUAUAUCAACUGCAUGGCAGUUCUCAUGGAAAAUAAUGCAGACCCUAACAUUCAAGACAAAGAGGGAAGAACAGCUUUGCAUUGGUCCUGCAACAAUGGAUACCUUGAUGCCAUUAAAUUACUGCUAGACUUUGCUGCUUUCCCUAAUCAGAUGGAAAACAAUGAAGAGAGAUACACACCCCUUGAUUAUGCUUUGCUUGGUGAGCGCCAUGAAGUGAUCCAGUUCAUGUUGGAGCACGGUGCCCUGUCCAUCGCAGCCAUACAAGACAUCGCCGCCUUCAAAAUCCAAGCUGUCUACAAAGGGUACAAGGUCAGAAAAGCCUUCCGAGACAGGAAAAAUCUCCUCAUGAAGCAUGAACAGUUGAGAAAAGAUGCUGCUGCCAAAAAGCGAGAGGAAGAAAACAAACGAAAAGAGGCAGAACAGCAAAAAGGAAGGCAGAGCCCAGAUUCCUGCAGACCCCAGGCCCUUCCCUGUCUGCCCAGCACCCAGGAUGUGCCCAGCAGGCAGAGCCGGGCCCCCAGCAAGCAGCCUCCUGCUGGCAACGUGGCCCAAGGCCCUGAGCCAAGAGACAGCAGAGGAUCUCCAGGAGGGUCUCUAGGCGGAGCCCUCCAGAAGGAGCAGCAUGUUUCCUCAGAUUUGCAGGGAACAAACUCCAGAAGGCCAAAUGAAACAGCCAGAGAACAUUCUAAAGGCCAAUCUGCUUGUGUCCACUUCAGACCCAAUGAAGGCAGUGAUGGAAGCAGGCAUCCAGGAGUUCGCUCUGUUGAGAAGUCCAGAGGUGAGACAGCUGGCAAUGAGCAGUGUGCAAAGGGGAAAGGCUUCGUGAAGCAGCCCUCCUGUAUCAGGGUGGCUGGGCCUGAUGAGAAAGGAGAGGACUCCAGGCGGGCAGCUGCAAGCCUUCCACCGCACGAUAGCCACUGGAAGCCCAGCAGGCGGCAUGACACAGAACCCAAGGCCAAAUGUGCCCCCCAGAAAAGGCGCACUCAAGAGCUCAAAGGAGGAAGGUGCUCCCCGGCUGGUUCUAGCCGCCCUGGCAGUGCCCGGGGGGAGGCGGUCCAUGCUGGGCAGAAUCCUCCCCACCAUCGUACACCAAGAAACAAAGUGACACAAGCCAAGCUCACAGGAGGGCUCUAUUCAGAUUUGCCACAGAGCACAGAGGAGUUGAGGUCAGGAGCUAGGAGGCUGGAGACAUCUACCCUGUCCAAGGACUUUCAGGUAUCUAAGGAGACUGAUCCAGCACCUGGUCCCCUCUCUGGGCAGAGUGUGAAUAUUGACCUUCUCCCCGUAGAGCUCCGACUGCAGAUAAUUCAGAGAGAACGAAGGAGGAAAGAGCUGUUUCGCAAAAAGAACAAGGCAGCAGCAGUCAUCCAGCGCGCCUGGCGAAGCUACCAGCUCAGGAAGCACCUGUCCCACCUUCGGCAUAUGAAGCAGCUUGGAGCUGGAGAUGUGGACAGAUGGAGGCAAGAGUCUACAGCAUUGCUCCUCCAGGUUUGGAGGAAGGAACUGGAACUAAAAUUCCCCCAAACCACUGCAGUAAGCAAGGCCCCCAAGAGUCCAUCCAAGGGCACCUCAGGCACAAAGUCCACCAAGCACUCAGUGCUUAAGCAAAUCUAUGGUUGUUCUCACGAAGGGAAAAUACAUCAUCCUACAAGAUCUGUAAAAGCCUCUUCUGUGCUGCGUCUCAACUCAGUGAGCAACCUACAGUGUAUACAUCUCCUUGAGAACAGUGGAAGAUCAAAGAACUUUUCUUAUAACCUGCAAUCAGCUACUCAGCCAAAAAACAAAACAAAACCUUGACUGCCUAUGGAGGAAGACUGUGUUCGGGGGAGCUGGCAUAGCUAGUGCAGAGUUCAGAUUUUCUGCUGAUAAUCUUUUACACCUUGGGAAAACUUUAAUAUCCGUACCUGAAGGCUGAUUCACCUAAAAAUGUGUUAACUGAAAGAAAA